CCUCCUAACUCGCCUUUUCCUCUAAUCCCCAAAUUCUCAAUUCUUCUUUGUUUCUUUCUAGGGUUAGUAGGGGUUUACUAUGGCGUCUUCAACUGCUCAAAUUCACGCUCUUGGAGCUACAUAUUUCGCUAAUUCAUCUUCUUCCACUAGAAAACCUUCAAAGUCUCUGUUUUUAGGGCAAAAAUUGAACAAUAGAACCCUAGCUUUUGGAUUGAAGCAGAAGAAGAGCAGUUCAAACCGGGGGAAUAACGGUGGUUAUGCACCGAUGCGUGUGGUAGCGGAGAAGGUAGUGGGAAUUGACUUGGGGACUACUAAUUCAGCUGUGGCUGCUAUGGAAGGAGGGAAGCCUACCAUAGUGACGAAUGCUGAAGGACAGAGGACAACUCCUUCAGUGGUCGCUUAUACCAAGAGUGGGGAUAGGCUUGUUGGUCAAAUUGCGAAGCGUCAGGCUGUGGUGAACCCGGAGAAUACCUUCUUUUCAGUGAAGAGAUUCAUUGGAAGGAAGAUGAAUGAGGUGGAUGAGGAGUCGAAGCAGGUUUCGUACAAUGUCAUCAGAGAUGAGAAUGGAAAUGUCAAGCUUGAUUGCCCUGCCAUUGGCAAAUCAUUCGCUGCUGAAGAAAUUUCAGCUCAGGUCCUGAGGAAGUUGGUGGAUGAUGCAUCCAAAUUUUUGAAUGACAAGGUUUCCAAGGCUGUUGUCACGGUUCCUGCAUACUUCAAUGAUUCUCAGAGGACAGCAACUAAGGAUGCAGGUCGCAUUGCUGGAUUAGAGGUUCUUCGGAUAAUUAAUGAACCCACUGCUGCCUCCUUGGCUUAUGGUUUUGAAAAGAAAAAUAAUGAAACAAUUUUGGUUUUUGAUCUUGGAGGUGGUACUUUUGAUGUAUCAGUUCUUGAGGUUGGUGACGGUGUCUUUGAGGUGUUGUCAACUUCUGGUGACACCCAUCUUGGUGGUGAUGAUUUUGACAAGAGGAUUGUUGAUUGGCUUGCUGCAAGUUUCAAGAGGGAUGAAGGCAUUGAUCUUCUAAAGGACAAACAAGCUCUUCAACGUCUGACUGAGACUGCUGAGAAAGCUAAGAUGGAACUGUCAUCACUGACCCAGACUAACAUCAGUUUGCCAUUCAUUACAGCCACUGCUGAUGGUCCUAAACACAUUGAGACCACUAUCACACGUGGGAAAUUUGAAGAACUAUGCUCAGAUCUGCUUGACAGGCUUAAAACUCCUGUUCAAAAUUCCUUGAGAGAUGCCAAGCUCUCCUUCAGCGAUAUUGACGAGGUCAUCCUUGUUGGUGGUUCUACACGUAUUCCAGCUGUUCAGGAACUUGUUAAGAAAUUGACUGGAAAGGACCCCAAUGUUACAGUUAAUCCCGAUGAAGUUGUUGCUCUUGGUGCUGCAGUGCAGGCUGGAGUUUUGGCUGGAGAUGUCAGCGAUAUUGUCCUUUUAGAUGUCACACCAUUGUCCAUUGGUUUGGAAACACUUGGUGGUGUGAUGACAAAGAUCAUUCCAAGAAAUACAACAUUGCCUACCUCCAAAUCAGAAGUGUUCUCUACCGCUGCUGAUGGUCAGACAAGUGUAGAAAUUAAUGUCCUCCAAGGGGAGCGAGAAUUUGUUAGGGACAACAAAUCUUUAGGCAGCUUCCGGCUUGAUGGAAUUCCUCCUGCCCCAAGAGGGGUUCCUCAAAUUGAAGUGAAAUUUGACAUUGAUGCCAAUGGUAUUCUUUCCGUGACUGCUAUUGACAAGGGUACUGGGAAGAAGCAAGACAUCACCAUUACAGGUGCCAGCACAUUGCCUGGUGAUGAGGUCGAGAGAAUGGUUAAAGAAGCUGAAAGAUUUGCCCAGGAAGACAAGGAGAAGAGAGAUGCCAUAGACACAAAGAACCAGGCCGAUUCUGUUGUCUACCAGACAGAGAAGCAGUUGAAGGAACUUGGAGACAAAGUACCAGGGCCAGUAAAAGAGAAGGUUGAGGCUAAACUUGGAGAGCUAAAAGAAGCAAUCUCAGGAGGCUCAACUCAGACCAUGAAGGAUGCUAUGGCUGCCCUUAACCAAGAAGUAAUGCAGCUUGGUCAGUCACUCUACAACCAGCCUGGUGCUGCACCAGGUGCUGGUCCAGCACCUGGCGGUUCUGAUGGACCUUCAGAAUCAUCAUCUGGGAAGGGACCUGAUGGAGAUGACGUAAUUGAUGCUGAUUUCACCGACAGCAAGUGAACAUAGAAGAGCAAUUUUGAGGCUAUAUUUAAUUUUCAGCUUUUAUACUCUUGCUUAGGUUGUGUAUAAGGGAUUUAACUUUGUGCACAAUUACGAUUUUGGGGGACAAUUUCUGGUGGAAUGGGGUGCGCGAAAAAGAUAAUUCAUACAGGGAACUAGAGGUUAGAAAUGUUGAGGUAGGUGGGGUUACUCUUGAUUGCAAAAUGAAACAGUGUCUACCCAUGAAUAUUUUUAGAAAAAUGUUAGCGGUUCAAACCCAUAGGUUAGAGAAACUGCUCUUUCUGGUUCUCUCACCCUACUGUUCCACAAUUCUAUGGGUAGGGGGAUCUUGUGGAUCCUUCCCUAUAGCUCCUUGUGUUUUUGGAUUACUUGCUAUUAUUGGAGUGAAUGAAUUUGAAUUUAUUUCUCAGUA